GAGGAGGGAGGUAGUGAGGAGGAGGUGGAGGGGGGGGUGUGUGCUCCUCGGCUCAGGAUGCGGGCCUAGUAGUGCCGCCGCCGGGACUCUCCCACAUCCGCUGUCAAAAACCCGGGAUUUGCCUCAUUUGGGGGGCAAAAUGAAGGCGAGGAGACUCUCCCUGAUGGUGGUCGACAUCGGAAUGGGAGGAACGAUGCCAGCAUGAGUGGGCCACAUGCAGGCCCAAACCAGACAUCUAGCUACACUUUGACGGCUGCCCGUGACCUCUCCCACAACAAUAACCCCCGCCCGACAAUGUCCGCCGCCUCCUCCCUGCAACGUGUCUACGGCUUUGCGCAACGGGACCCGUCCCCCCCGUCCUCCACCUACAGCCCCCUAAGGAGACUGCAGCAUCUCACCACCAUGGUCAGCCAGCCUGACCUGGUCCUGCCGGCCCAGCCGGUUAAGAGCUGGGAGUGGGCCUCGAGUCAGAAGGAGCCGGAGCAGGACUCCUGGGACGGUUGCAGGGAUUAUUGUGGUGCCCCCCUCGCAAGGAGAGAUGAGAAACAACCCGAGGUCCAACGCGGUGGAUCUAAAGAUGCGCCGUCAGCUAGCUGUAGCAGUCCUAGCACGUCUGAGAGGAAAACAGACGGUUGUUUCUCGUGUCCUCCGAGUCCAGCCUUCUCUCUGGAUAGCAACAGCCCGUUUGCAAAUGGCCUCCUUCACUUUGAGUCGUCCUUGUUCGAAGAUGAGGACAACCACGAUGAAGAGCAGCAGGAGACUUUCCCCACCAUUACAGACUCGUACAACAAACACGAAACAGCAGGGAAUGAGAUCCAAUCCAUCCCUGCAGACUCCAAGGAUACAAAGGUUUCAUCAGCAAAGGUCAUCACUCGAUCCCAGUCGUCAGGGGUGCGACGAAGGUACUGGGAUGGUUCCGAGGACGAGUGGGAGAGCGACACCGAGCUCUUUCUGUUCGGAGAUAGCCCCUCCGGGCAUUUUAAGAGUGACCUGAAAAGAACUUCCGUGCCGCCUGUGAAAUUUUUAGAGGGCGAACUCAUUUGGGCAAAGUUCAACCGACGGCCGUGGUGGCCCUGCGAGGUGAUCGUUGACCCUGUGUUAGGAGUCUAUCACAGGGUCAAAGAGCCCAGCGAUCGUCCCUGUCGCCUCUACCAUGUCAGGACAUUUGGGGAGCCAGAGGAGCAAGCCUGGGUGGAAGAUAAAUCAACUCAUAUCUUCCAUGGAGGCUUUCAGUUCGAACAGCUUGCUCAACUGCGUCGGAAGGGGAAGCAAAGGGCGCACAACCACAAAUACACUAUUGCUAAACGCUUUGAGGCGUCUUGGCAGUCCAGUGUGGAUGAAGCUGAAAUUAUUCUCCAGCAGAGACCCAACAUAGUCUCUUUGUCCAUAGACGAUGCUUUCCAGGACAGUUCCUCGGCAGUAAAAAAGGCCUGUCCUCCCAGUUCUCUUUCCAUGUUGCCCGUCUCCAAUCUUCCAGAAAUUUCGCACACGAUAAGUGGAUCACUAACUUCCCUGACGGCAUCAUCCCCAGUAGAAACACAAACUACGCAUGGCACUUUAAAAAAAUCAUCUGGCAUGAGGAAAGAAGGUGACUCAUCAAAAAAGUCUAAAAAGAUCCCAUGUAAAAAUCCAUCAGAUAGGAAUGUAGAGUGCCCUUAUUCAGAUCUUGACUCUGUCCCUAAGAUUUUGUGUCCUAAAGCACUUGAACGUCAGUCUAAAUUGACUCAACCGGCGGCUAAUGUCGCUAAAGAGGAAAAGAAACAACCUGAGAUGCAAAGUGGUCUGUGGUUCAGCAAAUCAGGUAAAGACAGACGACCAAAAACUGUUGAUCGUACCGUUUUUACAAAGGUGCUCGGUAAGAAAAAGACCCCGGUUGCUAGUAAAAACCUAGUGGUUCCUGGUGGUCCUGCCUUGAGUCCUGCACCAGGUGACCAGUCUCAGGUGGUACUUAAAACAAAGAUUGUACCUGAGAAGUUGCAGUAUAUUAUCUCUAAAAACAUCACUGCUGCUAAUACAACUUUUGGAAGUCCUGCUGAACUUUUGUCACAAAAGCAAGAGUUAUUGGAUUCUUCUGACCCCCAAGAAUUGUCGCGACAGCAGUAUUCCAUGGAUUUUUCUCGACCUGAAGGAUUUCCACACAAGCAGAAACCCAUAGAUUUUUCUGGGCCUCAAAUAUUUCCGCAAAAGCAGGAUUCCAUGGAUUCCUGUGGGCCUCCUAAAUUGUCUAAGAGUCAGGAGUCUGCAGGUUCUUUUGGAACUCAAGGUUUCUUAAAAAGGUUGGAGUUAGUUGAUUCUUUUGACUCCUGCAUAUUAUCUCAAAAGCAGGAGACUAUGGGUUCUUUGAAACCUCCAAGAGUGUCACAAAAGCAAGAGUUGGUGGAGCCAUCUAAGCCUCGAGGAUUAUCUCAAAAGCAGGAGUCUGUGGCUUCUACAACAUCACAACUACCGUCACAGAAGGAAACAGUGGAUUCUUUUGCACCUCAAAGACCGUCACACAAGCAGCAGUCUGUGACUUCUUCUGGAGCUCGAGAAUUGUUACAAACACAGAAAUCUGUAGAUACUUCUGAUCUUCGAGGACUGUUACAGAUGCAGAAGUCCAUUUCUUCUGGAUCUCGACAAUUGUCACAGAAGCUGGAGUCAGUGGAUUAUUUUAAACCUCAAAGAUUGUCACAGAAAGAGAAAUCUGUGGAUUAUUGUGAUCCUCGAGUAUUGUCUAAAAAGCAGGAGUCAGUGGAUUCUUCUAAAUCUCAAGAAUUGUCACAGACGGAGAAGUCAAUGAAUUUGUUUGAUUCUCAAGGAUUGUCUAAAAAGCAGGGGGAUUCUUCUAAACCUCUGGGAUUGUCAGAGAAGGAGAAGUCCAUGGAUUAUUUUCAUCCUCAAGGAUUGUUAAAAAAGCAGGAUUCAGUGGUUUCUACUAAAUUGACACAGACAGAGAAGUCCUUGAAUUCUUCUGAUCCUCGAGUAUUGUCUAAAAAGCAGGAGUCAGUAGAUUCCUCUAAACCUCAAGAAUUGUCACAGACAGAGAAGUCAAUUCACUUUUUUGAUUCUCAAGGAUUGUCUAAAAAGCAGGAGUCGGUGGAUUCUUCUAAACCUCGGGGAUUGUCACAGAAGGAGAAGUCCAUUGAUUAUUCUGAUCCUCAAGGAUCGUCUAAAAAGCAGGAGUUAGUGGAUUCUAAACCUCGAAGAUUGUCAGAGAAGGAGAAGUCCAUGGAUUCUUUUCAUCCUCAGGGAUUGUUUAAAAAGCAGGAAUUGUUGGAUUCUACUAAACCUCAAGGAUUGUCACAGAAGGAGAAGUCCGUUAAUUCUUCUUAUCCUCGAGGAUUGUCUAAAAAGCGUGAGUCUGUGGAUUCUUCUAAACCUAGAAGAUUGUCACAGAAGGAGAAGUCCAUGGAUUAUUCUGAUCCUCGAGGUUCGUCUGAAAAGCAGAAGUCAUUGGAUUCUUCUAAACCUCUAGGAUUGUCACAGAAGGAGAAGUCCAUGAAUACAUCUGAUCCUCAAGGAUUGUCUAAAAAGCAGGAGUCUGUGGAUUCUUCUAAACCUCGGGGAUUGUCACAGAGGGAGAAGUCCAUGGAUUAUUCUGAUCCUCAAGGAUCAUCUAAAAAGCAGGAGUUAGUGGAUUCUACUAAACCUCUAGGAUUGUCAAAGAAUGGGAAGUCCAUGGACUAUUCUUAUCCUCAAGGAUUGUCUAAAAAGCAGGAUUCAGUGGUUUCUACUAAACCUCGAGAAUUGACACAGACUGAGAAGUCCAUGAAUUCUUCUUGUCCUCGAGGGUUUUCUAAAAAUCAGGAGUCAGUGGUUUCUUCUAAACCUCGAGUAUUGACACAGACCGAUAAAUCUGUGAAUUCUUCUUAUCAUCAAGGAUUGUCUAAAAAUCCGGAGUCUGUGGAUUCUUCUAAACCUAGAAGAUUGCCACAGAAGGAGAAGUCCAUGGAUUUUUCUGAUCCUCAAGGAUUGUCUAAAGAGCAGGAGUCUCUGGAUUCUUCUAAACCUAGAAGAUUGUCACAGAAGGAGAAGUACAUGGUUUUUUCUGAUCCUCAAGGAUUGUCUAAAAAACAGGACUCUGUGGAUUCUUCUAAACCUAGAAGAUUACCACAGAAGGAGAAGUCCAUGGAUUUUUCUGAUCCUCAAGGAUUGUCUAAAAAACAGGAGUCUGUGGAUUCUUCUAAACCUAGAAGAUUGCCACAGAAGGAGAAGUCCAUGGAUUUUUCUGAUCCUCAAGGAUUGUCUAAAAAGCAGGAGUCUCUGGAUUCUUCUAAACCUAGAAGAUUGUCACAGAAGGAGAAGUCCAUGGAUUUUUCUGAUCCUCGAGGAUCAUCUAAAAAGCAGAAGUCAAUAGAUUCUUCUAAACCUCUAGGAUUGUCACAGACAGAGAAGUCCUUGAAUUCUUCUGAUCCUCAAGGAUUGUCUAAAAAGCAGGAGUCAGUGGAUUCUACUAAGCCUCGAGAAUCGUCACAGACAGAGAAAUCCAUGAAUUCUUCUUAUCCUCGAGGAUUGUCUAAAAAGCAGGAGUCAGUGGAUUCUUCGAAACCUCUAGGAUUGUCACAUACAGAGAAGUCCAGGAAUUCUUAUGAUCCUCAAGGAUUGUCUAAAAAGCAGAAGUCAUUGGAUUCUUCUAAACAUCUAGGAUUGUCACAGACAGAGAAGUCCUUGAAUUGUUCUGAUCCUCAAGGAUUGUCUAAAAAGCAUGAGUCAGUGGAUUCUACUAAGCAUCGAGAAUCGUCACAGACAGAGAAAUCCAUGAAUUCUUCUUAUCCUCGAGGAUCGUCUAAAAAGCAGGAGUCAGUGGAUUCUUCGAAACCUCUAGGAUUGUCACAGACAGAGAAGUCCAGGAAUUCUUCUGAUCCUCAAGGAUUGUCUAAAAAGCAGGAGUCUGUGGAUUCUUCUAAACCUCGGGGAUUGUCACAGAAGGAGAAGUCCAUGGAUUAUUCUGAUCCUCAAGGAUCAUCAGGACAGCAGGAGUUAAUAAAUUCUAUUAAACCUCUAGGAUUGUCAAAGAAUGAGAAGUCCAUGGACUAUUCGUAUCCUCAAGGAUUGUCCAAAAAGCAGGAUUCAGUGGUUUCUUCUCAACCUCGAGAAUUGACACAAACCGAGAAGUCCAUGAAUUCUUCUUGUCCUCGAGGGUUUUCUAAAAAGCAGGAGUCAGUGAUUUUUUCUAAACCUCAAGUAUUGACACAGACCGAUAAGUCUGUGAAUUCUUCUUAUCUUCAAGGAUUGUCUAAAAAGCAGGUGUCCGUGGAUUCUGCUAAACCUCAAGGAUUGUCACAAAAGGAGAAGUCCAAGGAUUAUUCUGAUCCUCAAGGAUUGUCUAAAAAGCAGGAGUCCGUGGAUUCUUCUAAGCCUCGAGAAUCGUCACAGACAGAGAAAUCCAUGAAUUCUUAUUAUCCUCAAGGAUUUUCUAAAAAGCAGGAGUCAGUGGAUUCUUCUAAAGCACGAGGAUUGUCACAGAAGCUGGAACCAGUAGAUUCUUCUGAACCUCAAGGACUGGUACAGAAACAGCGACCUAUAGGUUUUUUGGAACCCAGAGUAUUAUUAAAAAAGCAGGAGUGCAUGGCUUCUUUAACACCCCAAGGUUUGUCACAGAAGCAGAUGUCUAUGGUUUCUUCUGAUCCUCGAGGAUUGUCUAAAAAGCAGGAGUCAGUGGCUUCUUCUAAAUUACGAGUAUUGUCACAGAAGCAAGAUUCUGGAUCUCAAGGACUGUCAAAGGAUGAAGCGUCCAUAGAUUAUUCUGAAUCUAAUGGGUUUUCACAAAAUCAGGAGGCUGUGACUUCUUCUGGACCUCAAAAAUUGUCCCACAAGCAGAAGUCUGUGAUCGGUUCUGAACUUCAAGGGCUGUCACAAAAGCUAGAGUGUGUGGAUUCUCAUAGACCACCUGAGAAGGGUGACUGUUCAAGAGGUAGGCAGGUCAUCUCGGAUUUUACAGAUUCAAUUACUGGCAAACAGUCUAAUCCAACAAGUAAUGCACAUGUUAAAAAGACCAACAAGAAGACCAGUGACAAGAAUAACAGUCAAAGUGAACAUUAUAAAGUGAGGACCAUUAAAAAGGUUGUUGUACCCAGUUCUAACCAGACAAAAGAAUCAACAGCUCAGCUGGCAAAAAUGGACCUUCAAAAAGCUCUGAUCUCCCAGUGUAAGAUGCCCUUUGUCAAAUUGAAUCGCAUAGACAUCAAGAGAAUCCUGAAUUCCAAGAUAACUAUUGGUCCCAAUGACCAGAUUUCAUACGCUAAAGGUAAAGAAACUUCAAAAGAGACAGUUGCAGACCAAUCCUGUGAGUCGGAUGUAUUGGACAAAGUGGCAGAGGUUAAAGAAGAUAAAGUGGACAAAAGCACUUCCAGUGUAGACAGUUCAGAAUCAAAAACUAUGUUAGUGAAGGACCUGGAAGAAAAGGGGACGGUUGGUACCGCCAACAAAAUUUUGACCGAACCUCCACAAAGCCCAAAGAAGCUAGAUACUUCUGUCUCAAUUGUGGCUCUUCUAUCCCCUCAGUUGGAGGGAGCUCUAGUAUCUGGCAGUGACCAGGGGCCCCAAGACCCAUCCUCUGAGACAACUGCCCUCCAAUUAAAGCCUGUCCUAGAGAAGUUGCCUGAAGUUACGCCACAAGAUCCACCUGCCCAUCUUCCAGCCAGCAAUGGGCUGAUGACGCGAGCUCUGAAGACCAUGAAAGUUCUGCAAAAGCAGAAACAUAGAAAAGCCAAGAGGAAAGCUGGGCACAAAGAUAAUUUACAUCAUAGCAAAAACCUGAUAGAGCCCUCUAAAAACACCACAAUUAUUUCAGAAAGCAAAUUGGACUUAAGCACCACCAAAGCAAAGUCCAAGUCUGAUCGUGAGGCUAAUGAUGAGGACACGGUUUCCAGCUGUAAUACACCGCCUUUGAUGUUCCAAGAUUCUGUUGGAGUCAAAAGUGAAGAGGAGGACCUUUCUCUAGCAUCGUCUCCAAUGGACUUCAUACCUCUUACUUCCAGCGUGAAGGCAAAAGAAUUGGAUCAGACAACAUUAUCUUCUCCAUCCUCGCCAUUGUCUUUCAUGAGUACAUUGACAAAUGUUAAGGAUGUAUCUUUCCAGUCUUUGACAGAUAAGGCUAAUGGAAAAGCCCCCUCGUUCAAGCCAGACAUGAAUUACAAAUUCAGCACUUUUCUCAUGAUGCUCAAAGAUGUGCAUGACACGCGGGAGCGAGAUGGUGCCCCUUUAGAACUGGAGAUUGGGCCACCAAGUGCACAUGUCAGGGAGGAGCCUUUGGUGAUGCCUGGCAUGGCUGAAGUUGUAGGCCUAGAUCGAGACAGGAAUGGUGAUCCAAGUUUUAGCCUGGGCAAACACACAUAUUUGGAUGAGAGUCAUGUCUCAAAAGGACCUUCCAACAGAAGGAGCAGUUUCUCUUGGAUGAAGAAAAAAACUAACCGCAAAGUUCCUGGUCACUCUCAGAGGCCUGGACCCGGUUACCCAGGAGUAGGAUCCUUGCUAGGGAUGGACUUUUCCUCUGUACUGGAUUACUCCGCCAAGGUCCGGUCCCUGCUGGGUGUGCAAGCCUGCCAGUGGGAGGGCCAGGCUGGGAGCGAUGAGGGCAUGUUGAGGUGGAGCAGAGACUUCGGACAGAUGAACGACUUCGUUUCCGACCGCACAGAAGCCAAAUCUAGUUCCAGCUGCAACACUGGAGAAAGCGACGAUGCAUCAUCAGCACAUAAACGAAUUAGAAAACCAAGCAAGAGGCUUCUCGAAUGGACAGAAGAGUACGACCAGAUAUUCUCCUCGAGGAAGAAAAACAAAAAGCCUCUGCAGCCAUUUACAAUGGCCAACGAAGCACUUUUGCCCACGUCCGAAACGUCAGCACUGGAAAAGCACGCACUUGACCCCCCGUCCUUGAACGCACUUCCUGAGAUACAGACGCCCCCUCCGGAAGAAUUCACCCUCACCACGGAACUACAAGUUCCCAGCGCUGAAAACCCGUCUCAGCGGGAAGCACAGGUGCUUUCCAUCGACACUUUAACCCCGCCUCCCGAGGCCGAAGCUGAACCGCCGCUGUCUGAUAGCCCCGCCAAAGACGUCAGUGAGCCACAUGAUCCUUUGCUACAGAAGAAACGCAAGAGGAAACCCACUCCAAAGAUCCUGGAAUAUUGUCUUGAAUCGGAGGCCUCAGUGGGCCCUAAGAAGAAGGUCAAAACCGUGAAGAAUACUACUAGUCCUGUUCCUCAGGCCGCUCCUCCAGAUCUUGAUCCGCCAUCUUUGAAACUGAAAAGCAGGCAGCCCUCGUCGCCUUCAAGCCCGGAAGUCUCCACUUCUUCGCCCACUCCUUCCCUUUUGACACCAACCAGCACUCCAGUGGUACUGCCGCUACCUGAGCCAAUAGGGGCGGACCCUACAGCGGAAGACAUUGACGCUACUCAACUAGAAGACACUAAAUACACUACAGAGUCCGAGGGUGAAGCCUCCAUGUUGGAUCAGAGCUUCUCCUCCACUAAAGACGACUCGUCGCUGUUUGAUGAUCCACUCGGAUCUGCCAGGAAGAUCAUCGGGGACAGAGGCGGCACUGCUUCCAUAAAGGAGAACGUGUGUCAGGUGUGUGAGAAGACCGGGGAGCUGCUGCUGUGUGAGGGUCAAUGCUGUGGAGCCUUUCACCUGGCCUGCAUCUCUCUGGCCGAGGCCCCUAAAGGAAAGUUUGUGUGCCCCGAGUGCAAAUCCGGUGUGCACACCUGCUUCGUGUGCAAGAAGCGCAGCGAGGACGUGCGCCGCUGCAUGAUCCCCAUCUGCGGCAAGUUCUACCACGGCGAGUGCAUCGCCGCCUUCGCCUCGACCGUGCCCGUCAACCGAGGCUUCCGCUGCUCCAUCCACGUCUGCCUCACCUGCUUUAUCGCCAACCCCACCAGUCCCUCCAUCUCCAAAGGUCAUCUCAUGCGCUGCGUGCGCUGCCCGAUCGCAUACCAUGCCGACGACCUCUGCAUGGCGGCCGGCUGUGUGGUCCUGUCCAGCAACACCAUCAUCUGUCCCAACCACUUCGCGCCGCGGCGGGGUGUGAAGAACCACGAGCACGUCAACGUCAGCUGGUGUUUUGUUUGCACAGACGGGGGCAGUCUGUUGUGCUGCGAGUCCUGCCCCGCCGCCUUCCACCGCGAGUGUCUAAACAUUGAGAUGCCCAGAGGCAGCUGGUACUGCAACGACUGCAAGGCGGGGAAGAAACCUCACUACAAGGACAUCUUGUGGGUCAAGGUCGGACGCUACAGGUGGUGGCCUGCCGAGGUCAGCCAUCCCAAUACCAUCCCGGAGAACAUCCAGCGUAUGCGGCACGACGUGGGCGAGUUCCCCGUUCACUUCUUCGGCUCCAACGACUACCUGUGGACCUACCAGGCCCGAGUCUUUCCUUAUAUGGACGUGGACGCCAACAGCAAGGACAGGAUGGGAAAAGGUGUCGACGCCACCUACAGGAAAGCUCUGGAUGAUGCGGCGGUGCGAUUUCGCGAGCUUCAGGCCGAGAAAGAGCUUCUGCAGCUUCAGGAGGACAAAAAGAAUGACAGGAAGCCUCCGCCGUACAAACACAUCAAGGUGAAUCGACCAAUAGGAAAGGUUCAGAUCGUCACAGCCGACCUAUCGGAGAUUCCGCGCUGCAACUGCAAGGCCACUGACGAGAGCCCGUGCGGGAUGGACUCGGAGUGCAUCAACCGCAUGCUGCUGUACGAGUGUCACCCGCAGGUGUGCCCGGCGGGCGAGCGCUGCCUGAACCAGGCGUUCAGCAGGCGUCAGUACAGCCAGGUGGAGAUCUUCAGGACGCUGUCCCGGGGCUGGGGUCUCCGCUGCGUCCACGACAUCAAGAAGGGUCAGUUUGUGAGCGAGUACGUCGGGGAGGUGAUCGACGAGGAGGAGUGCAGGUGGAGGAUCAGACACGCCCAGGAACACGACAUCUGUAACUUCUACAUGCUGACUCUGGACAAGGACCGCAUCAUCGAUGCCGGGCCAAAAGGGAACGAGGCUCGCUUCAUGAACCACUGCUGCCAGCCCAACUGCGAGACCCAGAAGUGGACGGUGAGCGGAGACACGCGAGUGGGACUCUUCGCCCUGGUCGACGUCCCGGCGGGCACGGAACUCACCUUCAACUACAACCUGGAGUGUCUGGGCAACGGCAAGACGGUUUGUAAAUGCGGAGCGUCCAACUGCAGCGGCUUCCUCGGCGUCAGGCCAAAGAACAAUCCGCCAUCGGACGACAAAGGCCGCAAGCUGAAAAGGCGCAGUCACGGCAGGCGGAAGAAGAAGGUGGUGGUGACCAAAGAGAGGGAGGACGAGUGCUUCAGCUGCGGAGACGGUGGACAGAUGGUGUCCUGUAAGAAGCCCGGCUGUCCUAAAGUCUACCAUGCAGACUGUCUCAACCUCACCAGGAGACCUGCAGGACGCUGGGAGUGUCCUCGGCAUCAGUGCGACGUCUGCGGCAAGGAGGCGUCGUCCUUCUGCGAGAUGUGUCCAAACUCCUUCUGCGAGCGCCACCGCGAAGGUUUGCUCUUCGUGUCCAAGCUGGACGGGAAGUUGUCCUGCAGCGAGCACGACCCCUGCGGACCCGAGCCCUUGGAACCGGGGGAGAUCCGCGAGUACGACGCCCGACCCGGGGGCUUGACGUCGGGCUUGGGAAUGGCCGUCAUCGCACCCUCCGAUCCGGGCGUAUCGGCGGGUUCCGGCCCCGCCCCCAGCAGGGUGCAGGAUGUCGGCGCCGCCCCUACAGGCUCUGCCCCCGAGUCUUUCCCCGCCUUUUCCAUCCCGGUACCCAUCACCAUUCCCGUGUCCCCACCUGCUGCCUCACCUCCACCUGCCAGCUUCUUUCACCUCCCGCAGUACUCGCCAAUCUCCUCCUACGAGGAGGACAGGGACGUCCUGGAGGACGAAGAGGAGGAGGAGGAGCUAAUGGAGGAAGAAGAAGAACAGGACGAGGAGGAAGGAGAAGUGGGAAGGCAGGAGGAGGAGGAGGAGGAGGAGGAGGAAGAUGCAGCUUUGGAAUACCUUGAGAUCAGAGACGAUGAAGAUGAAGAUGAUGAUGACUGACGGAAGCUCGCCAGCAGGUGUGUUGACAUUAAAAUAACAAAAUAAUAAUAAUAAUAAUCUCUUCUGCUACUGUUUUACUGUCACCUUCAACUGUAAAAUACUUUCAUACGCAUGCAAACUCCUCAGUAUUACAAUACACGCCUCACCUGAUCCAGUACAAGAGCUCUCCAGUAUUUACUACAAAAUGCUUAAUUAUGCCACAAGGUCGUGAGUUCAAACCCCGGCCGAGUCAUACCAAAGACUAUAAAAAUGGGACCCAUUGCCUCCCUGCUUGGCACUCAGCAUCAAGGGUUGGAAUUGGGGGUUAAAUCACCAAAAAUGAUUCCCGAGCGCGGCCACCGCUGCUGCUCACUGCUCCCCUCACCUCCCAGGGGGUGGAACAAGCGGAUGGGUCAAAUGCAGAGAGUAAUUUCACCACACCUAGUGUGUGUGUGGGUGUGAGACUUUAAGUGGUACUUUAACUUUUUAACUUUAUUAUGUUUAUUUUAAGCUAGCGCCACGCUAACCGCUCGUGUUUUCCCCCCCAGAGGACUGCAAUCUAUCUGUGGCACAACAACACCGUCGUGGAAAUUGCACAAUUGGCCAUGACACGUGUGUUGUAAAAACGCUCGCUCAAUGUAGUCACUAGGUGGGCAACACCGUUCCUUCCCGCCACGUCUUCUUAUUCUCUGGCCGAGCAGCUGCCUUGUUGAAAGGCACCCUUGUAGCCACAAGCCAGUCCCAUCAUAACGUGUUGCGAGCGAUGAAAUAAAAUAAGAGAGUGUGUAGGAAACACUUUCAAGUGUGUCUGAUAAUUGUGGAACUGGUUAAGAGGUUGCCUACAGCCACGGCUGUUGUUGCUAAUGUUUUUUCUAACACUGGUAAUGAGUUAAUUUGCACUCAUUAAAAAGAGGCGUUAAUUGGUCUGCUGGGAUAGGCUCCAACUCGUCAGAUUGGUUCAUAUCAAGUCAUUUGUUAUGAUUACAUAACGUUUAAUUUAUUUAAAUGUCCUAAUAUUUCAUGAGUUAAAUGUAUAAUCUUAGAUUCUGAUGGUGCUGUAGUAAUAUUGUGUAGCUAAGGUAGUGCAGCUCUUGUAUUGGAUCUUUAACGAGGAGGUUCGAUCACACGUUGUUGUUUUAGUGCCGAGUCAUGACAACGCAACAAGGGUCACAUGACCGACUGGACGGACGCGUGUCGGAGUGAAGCACUUGAUGUCAGAACGCUGUUGACUCCGAAUAAACCUGUGGACUAAAAUCUCGGACAUUGAUGACCUCGUCAAUCAGGUUGGACGAGUCUUCAUUGGAGAGCGACGCUUUAGGGAGGCAGAAGAAGACGCCGCUCGAUGUAGGAACCGUCACCUCCGUCACUUCCUGAGUGAGUCCUCACACUUUUGUUCCUCAAGCUCGAGGCUGAGGGACCUUUCCAGAAGAGAAAAAAAAGAGAAAAAAAAAGGAGAGAAGGUCUGCAGUCUUAACACUGAAACGCGACUGCAGUCAUUUUAUUUAUGUUAUUACUGUAACCACGGCGAUUGGAAGUGUGUCCUGUGUCCUAAUAAGGUAUUACGUGUGUGUUUUAUCUUAAAGCCUUAAAGUGUCUUUUUUUUUCCCCCCCCCCCGGAGACAUUUUUGAAGCCGACUGACUAAACUUUUUACGCCUCAUUGCUCCAUUUAAUUGGCACGCUCCCAUCAAAGAGAAGAACUAGGCUACAGUACACAUAAGUAUACAUAUAUACUAUAUAUGUAUACAUAUACUUAAAUAUAUAUAUAGAGAGAGAAGAUGUUGUGAAAUAAGCACUUUGUACGGCCUUGUUUCUUUUUGUUGUCUUUGUUUCCCUCCCUGCUCCAACAUGAAGCCAAAUAAAAGUAGAACUUCUGCAAAUGGAAAAUU